AUGGGUGAGCACGAGCUUCUCGAUAUGCUUCUCACGCAGCUGUCACUUCGUGCCAAAGAAGCCAACCACUUUGAGACACUCUUCCCAGUCCUGCAGUUGAUCCACCAGCGCUUACUCGUUUCAACACCGGACUCGGGCAGUCCUCGCCUGGCGGGCGCCAUGCAACGAAAUAUGGAGAAGAUUAUGUCCAAGAUGAGAUGCAGCAAGUUGAUCAGCUUCGUGCAAACGAACCCCAGCGUGGAUUCCGCCUUUAUGCGGCAGCUGGAACAUGGCUUGAACGGCUCGAAGCCGGUCAUCAACACUGCGAACUCACUGUGGCUUUGA